UGCUGUCAUUGGUGCAGGAGGAGGAGACAAACAGCUGGAGCAGCUCAUCCCCUCAGACCGUCUCCUCCUUCAUUUAAUCAACCUCAUGACUUAGAGGAAGUUACACUCUGCUGGCAGACGUAUCCUCUCUCUCUCAAAAAAAGAUGCUUUGCAGAGGCUGCAGCUAAAUCUACGUUUGCCUCCAUGAUGAUCACAAAGAGAGCCUCUCUGGUCCACAGCUACAUCACCUGCCCGACACUCCCAUCCUCCCAAGAAGCCUCUCCCGCCCACGACCAGAGCUCCUGCAGCCAAGAGUCCGCUUUGGCCAAGCAAGAGCUUCCCCGGCAGCCCACCAUCCAAGCAGAUCCCCCGGAAACAGUAGCAGUACAAGAGACCCCCAAACGUCAGCACUCGCAUCGCAGCAAAAACCUCAAACGCUUCAGCUCCAGGUGGCAGUCGAAAUGCUCCGCCAACAGCAGCAACAUAUCGAUCUCUGCCACGGAGAAGCUCAACAUUGCAAAGAGUCACAAGAAGCGCUGCAAGCUGCUGGGCGAUGAGCACUCAAUGUGCACCACCACCAGCAAUCAGAGGCAGCGUUACGUCACCAAGGAUGGAAAGUGCAGGGUCAAUCUGGGUCGAAUCGAAGACAAGAGUCGCUUCAUCUCAGAUAUUUUCACCACGUUAGUGGACCUCAAGUAUCGCUGGUUCCUCCUCGUCUUCACCAUGUGCUACAUCCUCACGUGGGUGGCCUUCGGCGGGAUCUACUUCUUCGGCGCUUGGCUGCGAGACGACAUCGCUCACGUCCAUGACCCCCAGUGGCCUGCGUGCUUUGUGAAUGUAGACAGUUUCCUCUCGGCCCUGCUGCUGUCGCUAGAGAGCCAGAGGACCAUCGGGUACGGCCACAGGAUGGUGACGGCCAACUGCCCCGAGGGCACGCUGCUCCUGAUGGUGCAGUCCAUCCUCGGCUCCAUGAUCGACGCCCUCAUGGUCGGCUGCAUGUUUGUCAAAAUCUCCCGGCCGCAGCAGAGGGCCCAGACGUUGAUCUUCAGCAAGCACUGCGUCGUGUGCGAGCGCGACGAGAAGCUGUGCAUGCUCUUCCGCAUCGGCGACCUGAGGGCGAGCCACAUGGUGGACGCCAAGAUCCGGGCCAAGCUGAUCAAGUCCAGGCAGACGAAAGAGGGCGAGUUCAUCCCGCUGGAGCAGUCGGAGAUCAACCUGGGCUAUGACACCGGCGGGGACCGGCUGCUCCUGGUGGAGCCCCAGACCAUCACCCAUGUCAUCAGCGAGAGCAGCCCCUUCUGGAGGGUCGGGGCCGAGCGUUUGAAGAGGGAGAUGUUUGAGAUCAUUGUCAUCCUGGAGGGCAUCGUGGAGGCAUCAGGUAUGACGUGCCAGGCGAGAACAUCCUACACAGAGGACGAGAUCCUGUGGGGCCAUCGCUUUGAGUCGUGCAUUUCUUUAGACAAGGGCGCGUUUCGUGUGGACUACAGCGCAUUUGACAAAACUUUCGAAGUCCAAAUGUCCCUGCUCAGCGCAGAAGACAGAAGCACAGCCAACAAAACCGAGAAGUUAUGUUUUAGAAAAUGAAAGCAGGUUUUGUUAACAUGGUUUAUGAAUUAUUUUAAAAAGUAAAGGAUUUACUUUGACUCAUUGCAGCCUUUCUUGGCUUCCAGCACCUCUUUCUGUUCAUCAAUAAGUGCAUUAUUCCCUGACAUCAUAUAUAAAUACUAAUCUCAAGGUAGCCGUUAUUUCUAUGGUUUCUCUGUUAUAUGUAAUUAUGUUUCCAUUUGAUCUAUUUUACAUUAAGAAAUGCUUCAUAUUUCAGAAUGAAAAUAAACAUCCUCCUAAA